CGUACGCCAGCCCAGGGCGGCCAGGCCAGGGCAGCGAGAGUCUUUCUGUUCUCUGUUUGUGUUUGCCGCGUCCGCGACCCGAUCCCCGCACGCACCGCGGCCCCGUGGCCUCCUCCUCCUCCGACACCGUCGGCGGCGUGCUUCGCGUACCUCGUGGACAUCCCUCACCUGACACUCCAGCCGAGGACAGCUAUGGGCUGGGCCGCGGGGCUUUUGCUGGUCUCGCUGGCCGCGCUGGCCGGCCUACCAGGGGCUCCACCGGGAGUAAGAGCGCAGAUCGUCGAGCCGGGCAUCUGCCCCUUCAGCACACCGCUGGCCGAUUGGGACGUGGAACAGUUUGUGUCCGAGCCGUGGUACGAGCUGAAGGCGUUCGCCCUGCCCGGCAUGCACGACUCCUCCCCAGGCUGCACGCGCUGGCACUUCACGGCCUCGCCGGAUGGCCGCGGCCUGCACGCGCGCCUCGCCUACCGGGCUCGCGAGGGUGACGCGGUUGUGCGCGCCUUCGCCCAGUACACGCACUCGGAGAAGCAGCCGCGCUUCAACAUGACGUUCCACGACCUGGAGGGCGGCGCCUCGCGCUCCGUCAUGAUGAAGCUCAUCGCCUCCGACUACAACGACUUCGCGCUACUCUGGGGCUGCUCGGAGCCCAACCUGUUUGAACGCGAAGUCGUAUCGUGGGUCCUGAGCCGGAAGCCCUUCCUGUCGGAGGACGCCGAGAAGUCACUGCGCACCCUCUACCGGCAGCACGACAUACGCUCCGAGAAGUUCGUGGAGACGGACCAGGCCGACCAGACGUGCGGCGCGCCGUCGAUCCCCACCCCCGAGGAUAGGCUGCACACCCUGGGGCUGCCCGACGGCCAACCCAACAGCGUCUUUGCACCCUACCGCUCAGCGGGACAGCUGGGGCAGCUGGGCGUGAAUAGCGGGCUCGGUGAGCUCGAUCUGCUGUCCACCCGGGCCGAGCGCAGUGGCGGUGACUUCACAAUAGCAGCGGAACCCGCGGACGGUGCCGUUGGAGAUGGCGACGGUCCGGACGACACUGACGACGACGACGACGACGAGGUCGGGGAGUCGGGGUCCGUGUCGUGGAGCUACGUCGGGGCGUCAUGGCCGCUGUUUGGCACGCAGGGCAUGCUGGUGGCCGUGCUGCUGGCCGUGGCCGUGGUCUCCUUCAUCGCCAGCCUGCUCACCUUCCGCGUCCUGCAGCGGCGCCUGCAGCGGCAGCGCGGCCUCGCCAAGCCCGUGCUGCCCGUGCACCGCCAGGACGUGGUGGUGGCCACGCUGGGCGCGGGCGUGGACUACAGCCGCUUCGGGGGCCUCGGCCAGGGGCUCGUGCAGACCAGGAAGCACCACGGCGACGCCGCGCCGCGGGCAUGACUGGGCGCCAGCGGCAGCCCCGCCCGCCCCCGCCACCCCCGCGCGCGCCCCAGGCCCGCCAGCGUUCACUAGACGAGUCUUUGCUGUCGGAAAUGUUUUCUGGCAGUACUUUGUCAUCAGAAUGAAUGUUUGAUCGACUCUAAAUUUUUUUUCGUCUUGAUUGCAGUGCAGUGCACUCAGGGGUUUUGUUUACAGAGAUAUCACUCCAAUUUUUCUGUGUUCCAUAUGUGGUAGGAAAGUUUAUUUGGACUUGGGCUGUAAGACGAACAGACUAUGUAAGCUCCUAGUGAACACCUCAUGUCACUGCGUAGUCAACUCUUACUGAAAGCCUUUGAGAGGCUGUGACACAGUCAGUAGCUACUUAUUCUGUGCUGUGAUUUAUGUUUUAUCUAAUUGUCCAGACUUCUUGCCACAUUGAUUUUUUUGUUGAGAAUUUAUUUUUAUUGUAAACUUUGCAUUAAGUGUGUGGCGUAACAAUAUGUAUAAAUUAAAUUUGCCCAUCCUACACACCACAUCAAAUCAAUUGCUAUUUACGUAGUGUGUUUUCUGGGCAACUUUUAUUUUUUUAUUGUUUUUUGAACCAAAUAAUGUCUCGUAUAUAAAAUAAUUGCACAGUUUACAUGUGUUAAUUAAUUUUAAGGUUUUUCUUUCUUGCUGCUAUUUUUAUCUUUUCAACAUUUCCCCCCUUUCCUCACUGUAUAUAUCUUUAUCUGAUUUAUCUCUCCCUGUUGUAUUGAUAAGGAAGUUCUAGACAACAUUUGUAAAAUUGUAUUUUCAAGAAAGAUAAAUUCUUUCUACGUUCAAAUUCGUAAAUACCAUGCAAAUGGUUUGACAAAUGUUCUUUCUUGUUUUGGCAGUAUUGUUAUUUUUGCAUCUUUUCUUUUGAGGCUUAUUUUAGUUCAAUGACACGUUAAGAAGAUAGUUUGUAAGAUGCCAUUUUGUUAAAGCCUAGUGAGAAUUUUUUUUUUAUCUGAACAUGACCGUAAAUACGUCAAUUUUGUAUUGGAAUUUUUCCUUGACAAUGCCAUUGUAAUCUUUUUACAGCAUUGAGACUGAGAAUCUUGCACAUGUCAAUACAUGUAAAUUCAAAACAAGACCGCUCCUCUCAAGAAAAGUCAAUCAAAUAUCGAUAUAGAAAAAAAUGUGAUUCUAAUCUAAUAUCCAGUGCCAAGUUUCAGAACUUGAAUAACUCCUGUAAAAUGUACCUCUCUUUAGUAGAAUUAAGACGGCUUUUGUGAUCAAAAAAAGGGAGUAGACUCUCUGUUGCCAUGAUUGACAAAUUAGUCAUUUUGUCAUGUGUUUUGUAUUGCUGUUAAAAAAACAUUCGACUGUGUGGUGGAAGUGCUGUCUGUAUGUUACCACAAUAUGAAUCACAAAGUCAUGACGUUACCUAAGUAUUGUGUGAGUGGCAGCUUGAGCCGUGGCUGUUGCGAUCAUUCUGUGAUGAAUAUUGUAAUUGUGCCGUGACUAAUUUAUUAUUUUUGUACCGCCAUAAGCAUGAGUCGAGUUUGUUCAUUGUAAGUCGUUCUAUUUUUUGAUGCUUUAAAUAUGUUUAAAUAAACAUACCAUAAUGGAAAGGAA